AUGAAUCAAUCUGCCACGUACACGGUUCGGAAAGACUUGUUAGUAAGUAAGGCCGACAUGAAUUCGCAGACAAGCCAAAGAUCUUCGCUGUACGUCUGUCCCUACUGUGUAGGUGCGUCUCUGCGAUACACAACAAUCUAUCGAGCGAUAUUGUUGCUGGAAAGGAUUUAUCGAUUCGCACCACAUCACGUCUUGGAUAAAGAUGAGUUCCACGUCAGCACCCAAAAUGGGCCAGACACUCUAAGAAAACGCCAAGGUGCAACAGCAGCGUGUAAUGGUAAUUUGGUCGGGCAUGAAUUGACAUGUGUUGCCAACGCCUGCUAUCUUGACUCGAUCUUCGCCGUUGGUGAUGAUGAGCUCUGGCCAGGCCAAAAGAAGACAAGAUGGUUGCAUCGACCGAACGUAGCGCCCGUUCAUGCGCGGCCGGCGGCACCCGUCGGUGCAGAAGCCGAGAAGUGA